AUGAUGGCGGCAAACCCUCACAGCUCCGUCUCUCAAGGAGACCUCGAGCUUCUCGAUGCCCUCACUUCGAUGCCUUCCUCUUUCCCGCACCAGCCUGACUAUGCUUCCUCAGCUACCAAACCAAGGCCGCUCUCUACGCUCGACGCUCUCCGUCGACCUCCCAUCGACCCUAUGGUCUUGGCUGCAAGUCUAAGCUCGGGUCCUCAUGUCACUCGCCACCACUUCUACCACUCGUUCGGUAGUCAUGCUGACGGUAGCAAGUCGCAACAGAUGCCUGCUAGUCAGCGUAAAGCUGCUGCCACUGCCACCUCGAGUGGUAGUGGCUCUCGACCUUCCCAGCCUCGUUCUCGGAGACCUUCGGCUGCAAGUGGUUCCUACGCAAAUUGCGACUUUGACGACUUUGAAGUUCCCACUCCCAACAAGGCUUCUUCUUCCGCUAUCAAGAUCGAACCUCCCCCCGAAGUCACCGAUGAGGAAAGAGCUUUCUAUGCUAGUAGACAAGCUCCUCGCAGUGUUCGACUGCAAAAACAGAGAGAGCUUGAACAACGACGAAUGCAGUCCAAAUCCGCCGUCCAACCCAUCACCACUGCUACCGCUGCCGCUGCAGAUGCAGCCGAAACCCAUGCCGUAGCUCAAGCCGUUGGUGUACGUGCCUCUGGCCAACCUGCUCAACCUGAUUUGCUCAAUAAAUCGGGUAACCAAGCACACCAAACUGUGCAGCUUCCACCUCCUGCACCUGCGACAAAGAUAGCUCAGGCACUCGACGAACGCAAAGCAGCCGUAGCAGCUGUCAGUGCCUCUGCUAUGCCGCUUACUCCUUUCGCCGAGACGCUGCCUGCGCAAGUUGGCACGCCGGUGGGUAAACCUGCCAUUUCCUCCAUCGUUCGUCCUCCACCUGUUCGUGUUAGGUGUUAUGCUAGGACAAGAGUCCCGACACCUCACGGCGAGAUCUUUUGUCAUCUUUACAAGAACACGCACGAUACAAAGGAGCAUCUGGCGCUGGUUAUCGAUCCGUAUCAAAACGACGAGGAAUCUACUCAGAUGGGACCUGAUGGUCGACCUCUCAAGGAGUCAGACGAGUUCUACCAGCAGCAUGCAUUGAGAAGUAAGAGUUUGGACGAAGUAUGGGGAGCAGAAGAGAGCGAUAUGGAACGCAUCGUCCGAGGAGCAUACAUGGGCAGAUUAGGUCCCUCAUUCCAAGUGGCAAGUAAACCUUUACCACGUCAUGCGCAUCCUUUGCACGGUAGACAGAUGAAAUCUGCGGAUGAUGGAGAGUUGGCACCUUUGGUUCGAAUCCAUUCGGAAUGUUUCACGGGCGAGACUAUUGGUAGUCAACGUUGUGAUUGUGGCGAACAGCUAGAUGAGGCGAUUCGGCUUAUUUCAGAGGCUUACGACACGUCUAAACCUUGGCAUCACUCGAAAAAGCCGAACAAGUUGGGUAGAGGUGUAAUCGUCUACCUCCGCCAAGAAGGGAGAGGCAUUGGCUUACUGGAUAAGUUAAUGGCGUAUAAUUUGCAGGAUAUGGGACAUGACACUGUCUCGGCUAAUGUUCUUUUGGGUCAUUUGCCGGAUGCGAGGAAGUACGAUAUUGCGUCUGCCAUUUUGAGGGAUCUAGGGGUGGAUGAAUGUAGGUUGUUAACGAAUAAUCCGGAGAAGAUGGAAGCGUUGGAGGCUGAGGGAGUUAGGGUGACGGAGAGGGUGGGGAUGGUUCCUAGGGUUUGGAAGUUUGGCAAACGGUUGAAACGCAAGAGUAAGAAGACACGUAGUGGGAGAAGCAAAAGUGAAGCUAAGAUUGGGGGUGGUUCAGCCCGCAACUCUCCUCUUCGAUCUACUGCGCAGGGUGGACACGGGAAGAAAGCUUCUUCUUUACUCGGUCGAAUAUCAUUCGGAGGCAUGGAAAGUAACGUGAUAUCCCAAGCCAGUACCUCAGACUCCGACGUCGACCCUACCACAGCUGGACUUCGACAUCAAGGAGAAGACAUCCUCAACCCUGGAGACCGUUUCGAAUCCGACCUUGACGAACACAAAGACAGCGAUGCCGCAGAUGAGGGGGAGGAUAGUGGUAGUGACUCAGGCGAUUCUUAUAUCGAUCAUGUACUACGAAGAUCAGGUACAACUAUGAUUGGUGCAAGUAUCACCAAGGGUCCUGAAUUGGAAAAGUAUUUGAGGACAAAGGUGGAGAGAAUGGGGCAUUUGUUGGCUUUGCCUCCGGAUCAAGCUGAGAAGAAAGGGGAGGAGGGGGAGGAUGCGCCUGUCUCACAGCCUAAUUCGGAGGAUGAAGGGGAGAGAUAUGUUGCUGUUUAG